AUGGCAUCCUCGCAACAGGCCCUGGCAGCCUCGCAGCGGACCAUGGCAUCCUCGCAGCAGGCCAUAGCAGCCUCGGCUUCGCAACAGCCCAUUAAGGGGAUUCUAAAGAACAAGAGUUCUGUGGCUUGCUCUCUGGUGCCCUCGACAAUGCAGCAGCGGAACAAGAGUGUCGACGAACUGAGUAAAAAAUCCAUGAAGUGGGAUGAAAUGAACAUCGUGGCGACAUAUUAUAUAGAAGACGAAGAUUUAAUUAAAGUACAUGAACCAAGCACUCCAGAAAAUAGCAUGGAAAGUGAUGAUGAAGGUGCACUGGGUAAUUCAGAAACCAUUGAAGUCCUGAACCCAGAGAUGUUAGCUAAGAAAUUAGCUGCUGCUAAAGGCUCAAAGCCAAAGUAUCUGGCUCGUGAACAAGAAAGCAGUGAAGAUGAAGACAGCGACUUCUCAACUGAAGCUAGUGAGAAACAGCUAGAGUUUGAAAUGAAAAGGAAGCUUCAUGAUAAUGAAGGACUUAAUCUUAAAUUAGCUAGGCAAUUAAUUUCAAAAGAACUACUAGAGUUGGAGGAAGAUGAAGAAAUAUCAAAAACUGCAGCUGGAGAAAAUAUGAAUAUGGAAGAAUCAAAUCAAGGAUCUACUACAGGCGGCCAACUGCAAAACAAAUCACAGAGAUCAUAGAAGAGAUUUGUU